AUGGGGAUGGCCCAGUCUCUUGGACCAGAUGUACCGUUCACAAUGCUAGCUUCGUCUGAGAUUUUCUCAUUGGAAAUGUCGAAAACCGAGGCUCUUGAGCAAGCCUUCCGCAAAUCUAUCGGUGUGCGGAUCAAGGAGGAAAGUGAAAUGAUCGAGGGAGAAGUUGUGGAAAUUCAGACGGAUAGAAGUGUGACGGGUGGUACUAAGCAGGGGAAGCUCACAAUCAAAACAACGGACAUGGAGUCGGUAUACGACAUGGGCAGCAAGAUGAUUGAUUCAAUGACCAAAGAGCGUGUUAUGGCAGGAGAUAUCAUCUCGAUCGACAAAUCUUCAGGGAAGAUUAGUAAACUUGGGAGGUCGUAUGCCAAAUCGAGGGAUUAUGAUGCGAUGGGAGUAGACACGAAGUUUUUACAAUGCCCUGAUGGGGACUUGCAGAAGCGGAAGGAGGUCGUCCAUACCGUCAGUCUCCACGAAAUCGACGUGAUCAACUCAAGGACCCAAGGAUUUCUUGCCCUGUUCUCGGGAGACACUGGCGAGAUUCGUAGCGAGGUUCGUGACCAGAUCAACACCAAAGUUGAUGAAUGGAGGGAAGAAGGCAAGGCAGAAAUUGUUCCCGGAGUUCUCUUCAUUGAUGAAGUUCACAUGCUAGACAUCGAAUGUUUCUCAUUCAUCAAUCGACAGUUAGAGGAAAGUCUCGCGCCAAUCGUCAUCAUGGCAAGCAAUAGAGGCAACUCCAGGAUCAGAGGAACGAACUACAAAAGCCCUCACGGAUUACCCCUUGAUUUCCUAGAUCGCGUCGUGAUCGUUAGUACUCAUGCCUACGCCAAAGAAGAAAUCCAGCAGAUCCUUUCAAUCCGUGCCCAGGAAGAGGAAGUGGAUAUUACACCUGAUGCCAUAGCCCUUCUUACCAAAAUUGGGCAAGAAACAGGAAUUCGUUAUGCUAGCAAUCUGAUCACAACCUCGCAGCUUAUCAGCGCGAAGAGACGCGCGAAACAAGUAUCAAUUGAAGAUGUACAAAGGAGCUUCCAGCUGUUCUACGACUCUGGUAGAAGCGUGAAGUUUGUCGCGGACUUCGAGAAGAGACUUAUUGGCGAUGGCGGUAACGUGAACCUUUCUGUUAUAAACGGUCAUGGUGAUGCAAUGGAGCUGUCAUGA